AUGAUCCAGGAGGGUUAUCAUAAGUUCAAGGAUUCCAUUUUCCAGGUGCGGCGUAUCGGUACAGAUAUCCUCAUAAUUCCACCAAAAUACGUGGAUGAAAUUCGAAAGCUAUCCGGAGAUAAUAUACGCUCUGUGGAACCAUUCAUCAACGAUUUUGCCGGAGAAUAUACCCGUGGACUGGUGUUUUUGCAGAGUGACUUACAGAAUCGUGUAAUUCAGCAAAAGCUGACACCAACCUUGUCUUCAUUAACCUCUAUGAUGAAAGAGGAGCUGGAUCUCGCCAUUGAGAGAGAAAUCCCUGAGCCAGAAGGAAAGGAUGAGUGGAUGGCGGUUGACAUAACGGCAAUUUUCGUUCGCAUCAUAUCUCGGAUCUCAGCGAGGGUUUUCCUUGGACCAGAAGACUGUCGUAAUGAAGAAUGGCUCGAAACAACAGCUCAAUACACGGAGAAUCUAUUCUUGACUGGCAUGAUACUGAGAGUAUUCCCUCGCUUUCUUCGGCCACUUGUCGCAGCAUUGCUGCCUUCACAUAGAGGGCUGCUUAAAAAUGUCGCUGCCGCACGGCAGAUCAUCGGCGAUAUAGUCCAUGCUAGAAAUAUUUCUGACGCCCAGAAUGGUUUUCUACAUGAGAAACGAAGCGAUGUCCUCCAAUGGAUGAUGGAAGCCGCAAGGGGCGAGGAGACCGAGACCGGGAAUCUGUCUCAGAGGAUGCUGAUAUUGAGUCUUUCAUCAAUUCAUACGACAGCCUUGACUAUGACCCAAGCAUUGUACGACCUAUGUGAUAAUGCGCAGUAUUUCGAACCUCUCAGGCAGGAAUUGACUGAGGUGCUGCUGAGAGAUGGAGGAUGGCAGAAGACUACGCUGAACCGGUUUUACAAGUUGGACAGCUUACUUAAAGAGUCUCAAAGAUUCUGUCCAGUUUUCCUCCUGACUUUCAAUCGAAUUUUUCACAAGUCUAUGAGGCUUUCAGAUGGAACCAUCAUGCAUGCUGGAACUAGAGUAGCAGUUCCUUCGCACUCCAUGCUGCAAGACCCUUCUCACGUCCCAGGACCAUCUGCAGCUUCUGACUUUGAUCCGUUCCGCUAUUCGAAGCUUCGGGAAGACCCAGCGCACCCCGAGAACUCACAUAAAUUUCUAUUUUCUAUGACUGAUUCGAGCAAUAUGGCAUUUGGGUACGGGAAAUACGCCUGCCCUGGUCGCUUUUACGCCUCGAAUGAGAUGAAACUGGUAUUGGCCCAUCUUCUCCUACGUUACGACUUCAAAUUACCAGCAGGCUCCAAACGGCCGCGAAACUUCACACUUGAUAGCGACAUGUUUCCUGAUCCGAGAGCCCGCCUCUAUAUGAGACAGCGUCAAGAUUUGGAACCCGCUAUAGCAAAAUUGGUGCAAAGAUAG